AUGAAGUUCUCCACCGCUACUGUUGCGGCUUUUGCGGCUUUACUGUCUGUCUCCACUGCAUCAAUCAUUCCUGAUUUUUUAGUCUCGCCACUUUCCUUUUCUUCUUCAUCCAGCAUAGUAAAACGCGAAAAUUCUCUGCAAGCUCCUUCAUCAAGCUACUUUGUUCGCCUGCUAGCUCGACAUGGUGAUGAUGACGAUGAUGAUGAUGAUGAUGAUGAUAAUGAUAAUGAUAAUGAUGUCAACUCAGACUCUAAAAAACAUAUGGACGGGUCUAUGAUGGAAUCAACUACUACUACUACUAUUACUACUACUACCUCAUCUGACAGCAUACCAAAUCAACCACCAGCAAACAAUAAUAACAUGGCCGAAUCAAUGGACAUGCCAACUAACAACGAAGAUUCUUCACAUAAAGAUACCCAUAUGGAGCCUUCCCCAGCAAGUAUGCACGGAGGUCACCACCAUAACAACUGGAAAAAUAUUCUCGAAGACCCCAGCCUGGAACCUCAACAACGUGCCUACUGGCAACUAUACAAUACAACCACCUUUUUCAAUGCUGAUGCUCCCAACAAGUUCUUUUUAUACUCUCACAUCUUUCUCGUAAUUUCUGCUUGGGCUGUUCUCUACCCAAUCUCAGUCCUUCUCUCUACAAUUCCUACUACCUCUCUUUAUCUUCCAGUCCAGACUCUGCAAGUUGCCACCUUUUUCGGCUCCCUCUUUUGUCUGGCAAUCUUUGGUGCUACUUGCCCCCCAGACCUUUAUCCCAAUAACUCGUACUCGAAAAUGUCCAUUGCUCUCUUGUUUAUUUCUUUGAUUCAUUGGGUUGCAGCAGUCAUUAAGUCUCUCGCUAACUGGGCAGUCUCUUCUAGAUAUACACCCAUGGAUGGUGCUGAGUAUCUUUUGGCCAAUUUGAAUCCGUCUUCUAAUCGUGGUCAAUUCAUUCGUCCUUCUUUGGAUUCUGGUCAUGGCGACUCGGGCUCUUCUGCAUCGUCUGGCGACGAUGAAUCCAUUUCCUCAGAGCACAAGCCUAACCACCAUAAUGAAGACGAUGAUGACCUUGACGAUCUCUCUCUCUUUGGCCAUGAGUCUUCUGCUUCUACCGCUGCUGCAUCCUCGUCUAAUGCUGCCCAGUUCCCCUCCCGUGACGCUGAAGCUUUUGAAACCCCUGCUCCUAACCAAAACAGACUCAUUUCCCGCAUCAUGGCCAAUAAGCAUGUUUACCAAGUUGUCGACAAGUUUGGUUCUGUGGCCCGCAUUGUUUACAUGAUUAUUAACAGACCUCUUUUUGUCGUUGGUUACGGCUACCUAGUUUUGGGUACGGCUACCGUUUUCCGCCUUGGGCUCGGUAGUAAAGUCUUUAACAUUCUGGCCCACCUUAUUAAAGGCUCAGUCUUUUUCCUUUAUGGUAUCCUCACCCUAUGCAGAUAUCUAGGCGCCUUUGCCGACAAGGGCUUUGCUUGGAACAUUGCCCCAGGUUCUAUCCAUGACCCUGCCCACACCAUCAAGAAGAAGAAGAGCAUGCAGAUGCAGGCCCGUCUCGAUGAGUCUAAGACCUCGGGAAUUCUCAGCUCCAUUGUUAACUUUUUCCCCAAUCUCUUUAAGGACUGCACUAUGGAGUUUAUUGAGUCAUUUUUGAUUUUCUUUUACGGCUCUACCAAUGUCUUUAUGGAGCAUCUCGGUAACACUGACGGCCACUGGUCCCACAAAGACUUGCAGCAUGCGUCAAUUGCCUUUAUGUACUUGGGCGGUGGUAUUUGCGGCCUCAUUAUGGAGUCGCGUUGGAUCCGCCGGCUCGUGAAUCGCCUCAUCUCCACCUCCAAUAAUGAUUGCGAAGAUGAUGAAAAUAGCGGUCUUAUUGGCCAUGUUUCUAUCAACCCUAUCCCAACGUUUAUCAUUUUCUGGACUGGUGUUCUCAUGUCGCAACACGAACAGGCUUUCCCCCUAUCCACACUUAUCCACAUGCAAUGGGGGUACCUUUUAACGGUUGGCUCUCUUUUCCGUUUCGGUACUUAUAUUCUUCUUUACCUUAACCCUCCAAAGUCUACAGUCCCAUCGCGCCCUAUCACUGAGGUCAUUGCUUCUUUCACCUUACUCUGCGGUGGCUUGAUCUUUAUGGAAUCCAAUGGCGAAACGGUCGAUGCCUUGGCUUACAACUUGCUGGACGGUAUGUUUGUUCUUAAUGUCAAUGUCGGUGUUACAGCCCUCAUAAUGUCUUGGAUCAUGCUUGUCUGGGCUUUUAAGUCUUGGGUUGCAUCCCGCCAACGCGUCCGUUUCCAAGGCUUGUCUGUUUAA